AUGGCAGAAGCUAGAGCUUUCAUUGACAUGAUUCGACGCAAGGCAAGUCUCUCUACCUUCUCCUCGAACGCGUUACGGCUCCAGACUAACACGCGCUCCCAGGAGGUACCCGUUCUCCCAGCGGCCGACAAAUCCAUCCUGUACACCAUGUACAAGGACCUCGUUGAUGAGUGCUUUAUCUUGGUUACCGUAUCAUUGGACGACGAAGUCGAAACCGUGACAACCUCUUCCGGCGAAGUCAUCGUGCUCAAGGCCUGGUCUUCGGAACGCGCCUUGUGCAAGCUCUUCAAGGCUCGUUUGGAUCGCAAGAUGAAGCGCUGGCCUCAACCGGACGGCGACAAGGUCCAGACCAUUGGUGUUAAGCUGUUGAAGAUGUUGCUCUCCGAGAUGGAGGCUCGGAAAGUCGGAAAGGACAAAUUGGAGAAGAUGGUUAGUCAUGCCCUAACUAGCCUCAAGGAGAAGCACAAGGAGAUGGAGCGUGAGAAGAAACAAAACGGCGACGCUUUCGAUGGUAUUAAGUUCAAGGCUGCUGAGAUGGAGGAGGGUGGCUGCGGCUUUGAGGACAAUUUCGAGACUACUGAGGUUGUGAAUAGAGCCGCUUCGGAGAGCGAAAAGGCCGAGUCAACCGAGAUUGAGGAGGGAGAAAUUAUCGAAGGCGUUCAAUCCGAGUCUACCAAGAUGGAUAUUGACCACGCCGUCGAUGUUGCGGAAGUUGAGCAUUUACCUGAGUUGGGCAAAGGCAACGCUGUCGAGAGGAUGGAGUCUGACACUGCUUAA